GGGAGCUGAUCUCGCGCUUGAAAAAUCCCUGAUAUUUGAGGCGCUCCAGACCAGGGAUUGCGUUGAGCAUGCGUAGAGCGUGCCCAGUCACCGCAGCGCAGCGCCGGCCCCCUCGCAGCAGAGGAAACCGCUGGUGUAGCGUAGGAGUCAUACCAAGCAUAGCCUGCGUGUCAGUGCAGUCGACUUACAGCUGGCUGUGAGGACAACUGACGCUUCUUUUUUUUUUAAAUUGUCAAACAAUACGAUUUUGUUGUUGUUGUUUUGAAAGUGUCUAAAGAAGUUAUUUGACUUAUGAAAAAGGUGCAUUUUUGUGUUUUUUGGUAAUUCGAGGAAAGUUAGAGGCUGGGCCUUUGGCUGUUUUGACUGUGGGAGCCACACGCAUACGUCUCAAUUUGAGCAGCUAAAUUGGGGUCUUUUUCCCUUUCUACUACGAUAAAUGCUUCUUACGAAAAUGGAUCUUUUGAACUACCAGUACCUGGACAAAAUGAACAACAAUAUUGGCAUUCUCUGCUACGAAGGUGAGGCAGCGCUGAGGGGGGACCCCAGACUCCAGUCCCUCUCCUUGUCCUCGUCGUCUUCGUCCUCGUCGUCCUCUUCUUCGUCGUCUUCAUCCUCCAGCCACAGGACAGGCCCUCCCCCCAUCAGCCCCACCAAGAGAAAGAUGAGUGGGGACCAAGCCGACAGCGACAUGGACGACAACGAACACGUAGUCAAGAUGAGCCGCCUGUUCGCCGCACAACUGAAGCCGAACGGAGAGUACCGCGGCAUCAGCUCCAAGGACCGCAGCCGGAGCCCCAUCGAGAGGGUGGUGCUGGGGCCCGGCGCCCUCGGUAUCCAUGGCAACCACCUGUACAGCCACAUCCACUACCCCCACCUGCACCACCAACCCAGCCUGGCCAGCAUGGACCAGCCGCUGGCGCUCACCAAGCACAGCGUGGCGGCGCGCCGCGCACAGCCCGUCACCAGCAGCAGCACCGUGGAGCGCCAGCAGAAUCGUCCGUCAGUGAUCACAUGUGUGCCGGCAAGCAACCGCAACUGUAACCUUUCCCACUGUCCCAUCUCUCACAACGGCUGCUCCAGUCUCAGCAAUAACUACAAGCGAGCCAACACCAACACGACGCCGUGCGACCCGGUGAUCGAGGAGCACUUCCGCCGCAGCCUGGGCAAGAACUACAAGGAGCCGGAGCCGGCCGCCGCCAACUCGGUGUCCAUCACGGGCUCGGUGGACGACCACUUCGCCAAGGCCCUGGGGGACACCUGGCUACAGAUCAAGAACAAGGGCAGCCCCUCCUCCAGCAACAGCAGCCCAAACUCCUCCCCCAACAGCCACAUGGUCAACCACAACCACUCCCCCUCGGUGGUCUCUUGAGAAGCCCCCCCCCGCCGUCGUCGCCACACCCCCGCCCCCAACCAACCCCCCGGUCCGUUUGGUCUGUCUCCAGGAGAGAUUCGCUGGCCUGAUGAUCUACCAGACCCAAACCCCCCCCCCCCCUCGAACCGUUUUCUGGGUUUUCUGUUUUGUUUCUCUCUCUGCACCUGUAGAGGAUCACCUGAGAAUAUGUUUUGUCUGAGCGUUUUCCGUUUUAUUUCCUUUUACGUUGUGUAACUGCCGAUGCUAACGCUAGACGCGGUUCAGUAACCCCACAUUUUAGGGGAUUUGGGUUUUGACUUUCUUUUUGGGGGGGUUUUGACUUUUCUAAUCAACAUUUUGGUUUUCUCCCUGUGAACAUCCACCCCCCCCCCCCCCCCCCCCCCCAUGACAAGUUUGGAGCCGCGAGCUGAUGUUUAUACCGUGUACAUAACGAGGGGAAGGGAGAUGUUUGAUGUCAUUUUGACUUUGUUUGUUUAACUGUUGUUGUUUUUUUCCUUGUUAGUUUUGAGUACUGCCUUUUUUUCUUUUCUUUUUCAUUACGAGUCUCUUGAUAUAUUUGGGAAAGAAAGAAUAAUGAAACACCUGGUGAAGUCGGAGAGAAGGAUCACAAACCACCUGAUUGUGCUACCAAAGAAACCUCAGAUGCAGAUCUUAAAAAGCCCCUCCCUCCAAAAGUAGACUUCCUAUGUUUGUCUGUGUGUGUAAGCUAAGCGAUGUCGAACCAUCCCACACACAAUAGUUACAGUAGCGGUAGUUUAGAACAAAAAAGCAGAACAACACUCCAUCACGUCCUGUAUCCAUUGGACCAGCUCUCGCUGCGUUGUUCAGGAAUGGACUUCUCAGAAUGUCCUCCAGCUAGCCCGUAUAAAAUCCCACCAAUUGAUGGUUUGAUUAUAUUAAGGAGAAUUAGGAAGUGCACUACAACCAGAUUUGUACACUUUUAUACACUACAAAAUUGUGACACUUCAUUUUAUAGGGACCAUGUGGACCAAUUGGAGCACGGCCCUUGAGAACUGUUACCCAGGGGCUGUUCCUUCAGAACACUCCUCAAUAGGGGUCCUGCCUCCUGCGUGGAUGUGGUCACUAGAUUAAGGUUAAACCCCCCCCCCCUCUGCUAUACACUGUGGUUUUUGGCCAACUUGUACACAAGGCUUGAAUGAUGAAAGGUAUACUAGUAGUACAUUUGCUGAUGCAUGUUUUUUGGAUUCUUUCUUCUAAUAGCUGGUAUCUAUUUUACUCCUUUCUUAUUUUGUAGGCGUUUCAAUCUUACAAACUACUCGCUUUCUAAUUCAGACGCACAUUGUUAUUUCACUUAUCGGUAACAGUCGUAGACACUAUACAAUCACUGCUGGGUCAGUUGUACUCAAUUUUAUUAUUAUUAUUAUUAUUAUUAUUGUUAUUAUAUUAUUUUGUAUCAAUGUUUGUUUUCCUCUUGGUAAUAUCAGUAUGAUAACACACAGCUAUAGUCGGAAAGCCUCUGGACAGGCUCUUGUUGGGGGCUGUGUUCCACUCCCCCUUCUCCACCCUUGGAUGUAGCGCUCAUGUCGCUAACAAUGUAGCAUCGUUCGCCUGGGUUUUUGGGGGGGGAACGCAGCCUUCGUCCUGGAUUGUUAAGGCGUGGAUCUGUCAGUGGCGCAAGAGGCUACAACCUUCUGCACCGUGGAGCUGGGACAACAAGCUGGGGCCAACUAGUCACUGGCACCUCAAAGGAAACCUUACAGUGGGACUUUACAUCAGCUGUUGUCUGCAAUCGUUUGGGGCACGUUUUUUCUAUUAAAUUAGAAAGAAAAUACUGUAGCAGUACAGGCUAGCUGGCUAGUAAAAGUCAUGUGUCUGAAAUCCAAUCAAGUAGAUGGCGAUGGGUUCAUUGUAACAAUGAGGCGUUUCUUCCCUCCCGUGGGGUUAACUUAAUGGAAUCAUUUCAACACUAGCAGUGUUUUCCAAUAGUAGUGACGGCACUACUUUCCACAAACUGCCCCAGUGACUGGUUGUGCCCAUGCUUGCAUUGUCCAGAUCUAUUUUGUACUUUUCAGUGUUUUGUUUUUCUUCCAACAUUGUGUUGGCGCUGCGGGCAAAGCAACACUGCCGGUGCCUGAGAUGUAACCGUACUCGCAUGUCAUACAGAGCCUGUAUCAAGGUGGCACACAUUCCUUCUAUAGUGAGCGUUAGCAACCCAGCUACUAACUGGCCAGGAACCACCGUCCCACGGAUGAAUUGGGCUUCUACACUCAACAUACGUUGUUUUACCAAAACAAAAAAAAUACUUUUUGUUAGUACUUUAAGUAAGGCAAUGAUUGGGAUUUAGCUUGGAAGGGGAAUGAGCACUCUGGAGUCAAGCUUUUGCAUACAAAAGAGCUGUGAGGGACAUCCCCAGCAACAAAACAUGACGAUUUAUAAGAAACUCAAUGCAUGGCUCCUCCAAGUCUUCCAGAUUCGACGGACUGAGAUGUAUCAAGGGAAAGGAAUUGGGUGUUUGGUGUUUUUUUAUUAUUAUUCUUUCUCUUAUCAUUUCACUACCACCAUAUAUCGUAGAAGACUCUUUGUUUUUUUUGUCGGCACACACCUCCCUACAAACUGUAGGAAAAUCACUUAAAAAAUACUUUUUUAUAGUAGGUAACUUUAAGACCAUCAUUACGCUGUGCGUAACGAAUGUACAGAGAAAAAAAUUGUAGGUAUUUUUUUGAGGAAUAAUUAAUUUGUCAAUGAUAUGUAGCUAUUUAAUUUUUUGUUUUUUUUCCUGUCCUUUUAUGGUAA